AUGAUCGGCAUGUCUCCGACACCGCAACCGCAGACUGCGGACGCAGCAACGGACAACCGUUCUAAGAAGUCUGAGGAAUCUGGCGAGCCCACACCUGCGGUAUCCGACCUGGAGAAGCCGCCGUUCGUCUUCACAACUCAGACGGGCGAAAACGAAGAGGCAAUCGACGAAAAUGACCCCCGCCUCAAGGACAUCCCACCCUAUGUCCGCCGCAUCGUCAGCCUGCACGAUGACCCGACCCUGCCGACGCUCACUUUCCGCUACUUCGUCCUGACCAUCAUCUUCGUCGUGCCGGGAGCCUUCCUCAGCAUGAUGAGCCACUUCCGGACGACCUACGCGCCGUACUCGGUCUUCUUCGUACAGAUCGCAUCCAGCUACGCCGGCGCGUGGAUGGCCAAGGUCCUCCCAGCAUGGCAAGUGCGGGUGCCGUUCACGAACUGGGGCUUCAACCUCAACCCGGGCCCGUUCAGCGUCAAGGAGCACGUCCUGAUCACCAUCUCAGCGGCGUCCGGGGCGACGUACAACCUCGGCUACGCCCCCAUCUCCAUGGCCGAGCUGUACUUCGACACGAAGGUCAACCCCGCCGUGGCCAUCUUCUUCAUGUGGGGUAUCGUGUGGACGGGGUACUCCUUUGCGGCUAUUGCUCGGCAAUUUCUUAUCUACGACCCGCAGUUCCCAUGGUUCACGGCACUCUGCCAGACGGCCCUCUUCGAGACGCAGAAGCAGCAGCGCGAGAACCCCACCGCGCUGUCCCGCAAGCAGUCCAAGGUCUUCUUCCUGGUGCUUCUAGCCGUUAUUCUCUGGCAGUUUCUGCCCGAGUUCGUGUUCCCCAUGCUCGGCUCCCUGGCCUUCCUGUGCUGGGUGGCGCCGAACAACGCCGUCGCCAACUUCGUCGGGGCGGGCUUCGGCGGCAUGGGCUUCUUGAACCUCUCGCUGGACUGGAGCAACAUCUCGACCAACUACAACCUGUUCCUCACGCCGUGGUGGACCCAGGUCGUCAUGUUCGCCGCCUUCGCCUGCAGCUGCUGGAUCCUGCUCCCCGCGGCCAAGUUCGGAGGAUUGGGCCAGUGGCACCAUAACCUGAUGUCCAACCGUCUCUUCCUCGAAAACGGAACCUCCUACCCCACAACAAGCCUGCUCACGCCCCAAGUCUCCUUCAACGAAACCGCCUACGCAGAGCUGGGCCCGCCCUUCGUCAGCACGCAAGUGCUCUGGAACAUGUUCUUCGACUACGCCGCCUACACGUCCGCCAUCGUCUGGAUGCUGCUCUUCGGCUGGGACCAGUUGCGCGCUACCUUCGCGAAGGUGCGCGAGCGCACGACGCGGCGCGGCGCGCGCAUCCAGGAGCAAUACGACGACCAGCUCAGCGUGCUGCAGCGCGCCUACGACGAAGUCCCGUUCUGGUGGUUCGCCGCGCUGUUCGCCGCGUCGUUCGUGUCGCUCGUCACCAUCGUCGCCUGCGGCCAGCUGUUCAUCCCCGUCUGGACGUACUUCGUGGCUAUCGGCACGGGCGCGAUCCUCGUCGUGCCGCUGGGGUGGCUGUACGCGCUGUCGAAUUUCCAGCUGCCGAUCGGGACGGUGAAUGAGCUGUUGUACGGGCUGAUGGUGAAUUCGAUAUCGGGCUUCAAGAACCCGACUGGCGCGUCGGUCUACGGGAGUAUUGCGGGGAAUGCGUGGUACCGCGCGCAGUAUAACCUGCAGGAUAUGAAGAUCGGGCAUUACAUGCACAUCCCGCCGAAGACGGUGUUCUUCACGCAGGUCUUCGGCUCGUUUUUGGGCAUCCCGGUGAAUUAUGCGGUCGUGCGCUGGGUGCUCGAUACGAAGUUUGAUUACCUGACCGGCAAGCUGGAGGACCCGUCGCACCAGUGGACCGCGCAGAGCUUGACGUCAAACUUGACCAUGGGCGUGCAGUACGUCCUGAUCGGCCCCCGCCGCCUCUUCGAGCAGCACAUUUACCGCGUGCUACCCUAUGGCUUCCUCGUCGGCGUUCUGGCUCCGUGCAUUAUUUACGGCUUGCACCGCGCCUUCCCGCGCCUCAGGUUUAACCUUUGGAACACGACUAUUUUCUUCUCGACGAUGGCGCAUUUCUACGGCAACAUUAGUACCGGAUACACCAGCAGCUUCCUUGGCGGCUUCGUCGUCAUGUUCUGGGCUUACCGUCGGCGGUAUGAUUUGUGGGCGCGGUGGAACUACAUCCUCGCGGCAGCGUUCGAUGCGGGGUUCAAUUUUAAUAUGUUGUUGAUUUUCUUGUUCUUCGGCGCGGGGAAGAUUGUCACGAUGCCGUAUUGGUGGGGGAAUAGGGAGGAGAGCAGUGAGAGGUGCUUUGCGUUGGAUUCUUGA